CAGCGUGAGCUUGCUGGCCAGAAGAACAUGAAAAAGCAGAGCGACCCAGGCAAGGGAAAACGCCGGAAUGAUGGGCUCUCUGCAGCUGCCCGAAAGCAGAGGGACUCGGAGAUCAUGCAACAGAAGCAGAAAAAAGCCAAUGAGAAGAAGGAAGAGUCCAAGUAACUCUGUGGCUCAUGCCCAUCUCUCUUGCCCGUCUACCGUGUGCC